AUGGACGAGAUACUGGGGGGAAGACCAUUGGCAAACAUCGCUGGCAACGGAGUGGAUGUGGGUUUUGACGAGGAGUCGUGUGAUGGGGAGAGUUCUCUUAACGCUGCACCGGGUGAUGGUGAACCGAGCAUGUCUGGUAAGUUUAUCUAACAACACCAGUGUUGGGAGUAAUAUAUUUCAAAAGUAAUGUGAUUACUGUAACACAUUGCUAUUUACUGUAACGCAGUAAUGUAAGGCAUUACAAAAGAAAAAUUGGUAAUAUUUUACACGGUACAAAUGUCAGAUAUGAGCAUUACAAUCCGGAUUACAAUGCAUUUUUAAUUUAGCCAAAAAUGAAGAGGUGGCUGUUAUAUUUUACUGUUUUAAGCCUUAAGCUAAGUCAGUCAGAAAGCUACCAUUUCACCUUCACUGGAUGUGUCAGGAGCUGUUUGAGAAUAAUGAGCCACAUUUGAAAUGACAAGUCCAUAUUUCCUGUUAUUGUCACGAAAGUAAUUUAAAAGUAAUGCAAUAGUCGUGUAAUGCCUUACAUUUCAAAUACAGUAAUAUUGUAAUGUAACUUAUUAUUUUAAAAUGAUAGUAACAAGCAAUAAAUAAUGCUGUACGUUUUGGAAGUAACUUGCCCAACACUGAACAACACACACUUGCUAACCAACGUUAAGUAGUGUUACUAGUACUACUGCUUAUCACUAGUCGGAUAUGUUAUUAUGUUCAUUAUAGGCUACAGUUGGGUGCUAUGCUUAGGUAUUUUACAUGUGCUGUGAAUGUAAAUGCCUCGCUCGUCAGCUCCAUUGUAAAACGUUUUUCCCUAUAAUGUUUAUCAGAUGAUGACCACGACACCACAGAGGGGGGCGAGGAGAACACCGAGGCCAGUGAGGACAGCAGCUCCCAAAUCCUUAAUUUGACUGUACAAAGUACUGCAAAAAAGAGUAAGUUGCAUUCAAAAAAAUCAGUUACAGGGCAUGGUUAAAUAGAGCACAUACUGGCUCCUUUGGCUAUGUCUGUCAUUUUAAAGUCUUGGGACUUUUUUGUGUUGCAAUUCUUUAUUAAUAGUGAAAAAACUGAAAUGCUUAAACACUCCUUUUACAGAGGCCAAAACAAAGUCCACUUCUGGCUACGAGAGAGCUUUGCUCACUUGGUCGUCUGAUCAACAAGCUUUCUUGGAAAAAAUGCAGGCUUCCCAGAACAGAUGGUUAGAGGGACAGCAGGAACGAAGUCAACAACAAGAAGAACGGAUGCUGUCAAGGUUUCUUGAAGAAAGUUCACGCUCAAAUGAACGGCUGAUAGGGCAGUUGUUUGAAGGUCUUUCACAUAUCCUCACACAUUCCUCCCAGGCAGCUUCACAUGCACCAUGGCAAACUACAUUCCAGCAUCCUCAUCCCUCAUAUUCUCAGCCACCAUAUCCACCACCUCAGCAGCCAUAUCCACCACCUCAGCAGCCAUAUCCACCACCUCAGCAGCCAUAUCCACCACCUCAGCAGCCAUACUCACAACCCCGGCCUUCAUUCCAACAGCCACAGCCUGA